UCCUAUUUAGCUAUUUUUGUGAUAGAUGUUGAUUCUUCAAGAGUAGCAUCUUAAUCUGGUUUCCUGAUUAUUAUAAGAAGUUUUCAUUUUCUUGUUAGAAGGAUUACUAGUCAUUAGGUCAAAAGAUAGGUGCAGAUGAAGAACUUAUACAUGUAACCUAUUCAUUUCUAUUACUUGUUCAGAAGAGUAUACAUUUCUUUUCAUUUGUGCAGAGAAUGGUUGUUGGAUAUAUUGUAGCACCUUUGUGCGAGAUAUGGCUUCCAUGUCAAGUGCCAUUCUUAUGGCAAAUGAGUGUGUUGAUGCUAGAACUAGAAGCAGUGCCCCAGGCAUCCUAUGUAAGUGGACAUUCAAAAAGCUUAUGACCACCUCAAUUGGAAGUUCCUGUUGGAGACUCUUUGUAAAAGGGGUUUUGGAGGUAGAUGGUUAAGAUGGAUGAAGUUUUGCAUCAGCACUGUGAAAUUCUCAGUUCUAAUAAAUGGCUCUCCUACAGGUUUUUACUCUUCACAAAGAGGUUUAUGACAAGGAGAUCCAUUAACUCCCUUUCUUUUUAUUAUCGCUAUGGAGGGGUUAAAUGAUAUGUUGAAAAUAGCUCAAGAAGAGUUGUGGCUGGGAGGUUUUAGGGUAUCCAGUAGAGUGGGGGAUGAUCUGGAGAUUACUCACUUACAAUAUGCAGAUGACACUUGUCUUCUGUGAUGCUAACAAGAACCAACUCAAGAUUUUAAUAGGGUAAUCUUUGUUCUUUUUGAAGCUAUCUCGGGGCUUCGCAUCAAUUGGAACAAGAGUUUCUUGUAUCCCUAGGAUUUUGGGCGGAAGAACAGGGACCUACCAACUACAUACUUAAGGAUGCCCUUGGGAGCCAAAAGCAAAUCUAUAGGCAUUUGGAAUAGGGUGAUUGAAAAAUGUGAAAAAAGGUUGGCGAAUUGGAAGAGUCAGUACCUUUCUUUAGGAGGAAAGAUUAACACUCAUCAAAAGUGUUUUGGACUCUAUGCCUAUCUAUAUGAUGUCACUUUUCCUUAUUCCUGAUGGUGUUAUUGACAGACUUGAUGCUUUGAGGAGGAACUUCCUGUGGGAAGGAAAUAGUGAAACCAAGAAAUUACACUUGGUAAAGUGGGAUACUCUGAUUGAGAGUAAACAGGCAGGGAGGAUGGGGAUAAGGAAUUUAAAAAUUCAAAACCAAUGACUUAUGAUGAAGUGGCUAUGGAGAUUUGCUUCCAGUGAGCAAGCUCUGUAGAAAGAUGUAAUAUAGGCCAAAUAUGAAAUGGAGGAUCUCUGGAUAACAAAAAUGGUCACUAGCACUUACGGAUCAAGCCAUUGGAGAGCCAUCAAAAACCAUUGGCCAAAGCUCAGAGGAAACUGCAGUAUCAAAUUGGGUAACGGUAGGAAAACCUCUUUUUGGGAAGAUAGAUGGCUAGAACAAGGAUCUUUAAAAACCUUGUUCUCGGAUAUUUUCACCCUAAACCAAGAGCAAAGGUCCACUGUAGCGGAGAGGUGGUCAAACCUAGGGUGGAAUCUGAGUUUUAGAAGACCUCUAAAUGAUUGGGAGAUCCAAAGGUUGGUGGAGUUUUACAAGGUCUUGGGGAAGUUCAAAGGAACUAUUGAUGCACAAGAUAGUUUGGGAUGGCAGGAUCACAAUCGGGACAAUUUCAGUGUUAGAAGAGCGUACAAAAAAUUUAAUCCUUGUAACAGUCAGAGGAAUGGGUGGCCAAGAAAGUUGAUAUGGAAAACUAAAAUCCUCUGACUGUUACUAAAAUUCCCUACAAAGUGUCUUGUUUUACUUGGCUCCUUGCUAAGCAGGCAGUUUUGACCCGGGAAAAUCUUAUGAAAAGAAAUAUUCAACGGAGUCCUAGGUGCCUUCUAUGUGGUGAAGAAGAAGUAGAGACUGUCAACCAUCUCUUCCUUCACUAUAGAAUAACCAACAUUUUGUGGAAUGUUUUUAUCAAUUAGAAGGGCAUGAAAUGGGUUAUGCGUAGGAAAGUUACGCAGACUCUGAAGUUAUGGAGCAGUUAUGCAAGCAUUACCGGGCAUAAAGAAAGAUGGAAAAUCAUUUCGGCUUGCAUCUGGUGGUCUGUGCGGAAAGAAAGAAAUCUCAGAUGCUUUCAAAACAAGAGUAAUUCCAUCCAGAAGAUUAAAAUGAACUGCUUGGUUUUGUUUCUUUUUUGGUGUAAACAGGAGUACAUGGUAGAUCUAGAAUCAGUUUUAGGUUCCUUAUAAAUUUUGCUAUAGGAUUAAAGAUCUUCCUGCUACUCUCCACAAUUGUAAUUAGGAACCUGUAAUUUGUUGUAGCAGGUUCUAGUUUUUGUUUUGGAAUAGAAUACAAGUUGUUAGCUUCUCAAAAAAAAAGAAAUUAUAUUUGCCAAUGGUGUAUCAUGUUCCUAUUGUCUGCUACACAUUGUGGGUUGUUAUAUGGCCUGUAUGUCCCUGACUGGCAAUUCAGUGUGUUGCAGUCAACUGGAAGCACCAUUUAUGUGGUAAAAUUUCUGUUAGAGGAGAUCUUAGACCUGCAUGUAUUUCUGCUGGAAUGAUUGAUCGCUAUAUUCUUGGAAUAGAUCACUCUAUGCAAAACCUGUAUAUAGAAAUAUGAAGGAAUGCAAUGGAUCCAACAGUGACACAGUUUCUGAGAGUAUGCCCUCUUGGUGUCAUGCUGCUUUUGAUCCUGAAGGCAUUGUAAGAGAGUUGAGUUGGGAGCUCAGAAAUGGCAGAAAAUGAGCCGUUAUUAGGGAGCAACAACGGCGAGGAAGUGGUGCUUGCUGAGCGUGAAAGUGAAGCAACUCAAAGGAAAACUGCUACACCUUCUUCUCGUGUUAUAUCUCUCGAUGUGUUUCGAGGCCUCUGCGUUUUUCUUAUGCUGCUUGUGGAUUACGCUGGUUCUGUUUUUCCCAGCAUUGCUCACUCCCCGUGGAAUGGUGUCCGCUUGGCAGACUUUGUAAUGCCUUUCUUCCUCUUUGUUGUUGGAGUUUCCCUGGCAAUUGUAAAUAAGAUAGUUUUAGACAGAACUGGGGCAACCUUGAAAUUUGUGAUUAGGACCUUGAAACUUUUUAUCCUUGGCAUUUUCCUUCAAGGGGGUUACUUGCAUGGAAUAACUGGUUUAACCUAUGGUGUAGAUAUUGAAAGAAUACGAUGGAUGGGAAUUUUGCAGAGAAUAGCUGUUGGAUAUAUUGUAGCAGCUUUGUGUGAGAUAUGGCUUCCAACUCAAGAGAUGAAAAGAGUUACCCUUUUCAGAAAUUAUAUUUGCCAAUGGUGUAUCAUGUUCCUAUUGUCUGCUAUACAUUGUGGGUUGUUAUAUGGCCUGUAUGUCCCUGACUGGCAAUUCAGUGUGUCGCAGUCAACUGGAAGCACCAUUUAUGAGGUAAAAUGUUCUGUUAGAGGAGACCUUGGACCUGCAUGUAAUUCUGCUGCUAUGGUUGAUCGCUAUAUUCUUGGAAUAGAUCACCUCUACACAAAACCUGUAUAUAGAAAUAUGAAGGAAUGCAAUGGAUCCAACAGAGAGACAGUUUCUGAGAGUAUGCCUUCUUGGUGUCAUGCCGCUUUUGAUCCUGAAGGCAUUGUAAGCUCACUAACAGCUGCUGCUACAUCCAUCAUUGGCCUCCAGUAUGGUCACAUACUUGUCCAAUUUCAGGAUCAUAAAGGACGGCUAUACAAUUGGUCAAUCCUCUCGCUUUCACUUCUUGCAGUUGGUUUAUUCCUUGAUUUCGUAGGCAUGCCAUUAAACAAAUCAUUGUACACGAUAAGUUAUAUGCUGGUAACCUCAGGUGCUGCUGGAAUCACAUUCUGUUUGUUAUAUCUAUUGGUGGAUAUUUAUGGUUGGAGGCGCUUGAUGUUCGUUUUAGAGUGGAUUGGAAAGCAUUCUCUUAGUAUCUUUAUUCUCAUAACAUCAAAUAUAGCUGUGAUUUUUAUUCAAGGAUUUUAUUGGAGAGAUCCUCAAAAUAACAUUGUCCGUUGGAUUGUGACACGAUUCGUACAGAAAUGAUAUCCCAGGUCCAUUAGCUCCUCACGGCUCACACAAUGCAAGAUGCAGAACUUGUCUCAGUAGAAAAAAAUGCAGUAUCUCAUCUACUUGUACUAGUGAGCCAUUUAUGAAUGCUAACAGUCAUGGUUGUUGAGGUGGUUCAACUUGUGCAUAAAAAGGAUGAUGAAUGAAAAUAACCUAUCAUACUCUGCUGCUCUGUAGAGAUGAAGCAGUACCACAGCAAGGAGUCUAUAAAUGUACACAGUGACAGAUAGUUUCUUAUGUAAGUAUCUAUGAUGAUCAGUACCUCAAAUGUUUAAAUCUAUAAGUGAUUCUUAAAUAGCAUCUGCUUUUAGGUGCUAUUGUUUUGUAGUAAUUUGUAGUCUUCAUUCUACUUUCAGUUUUAAGUUCUCAAAAAAAAAAAAAAAAAAAAAAAGAUUUUGGGGUCAUAGGCGAAGAUUGUCCCAGAAGUCCAAAACUAAAUAUGUAGACAAACUCUUUACAUUUAUGAUGUGUACAAUGCGAUUAGAAUUAUUGAAACUUUUAUCUUGUGUUA